GGGAGACUAGUAUCGUUUACUUAAGAAACUCUUCGUUUCCCCUUUUUCGCAACUUGCAUGAAGUGUUUUGUGAAUAUUUCUUGGUUCCAGUUUCCCACUCUCUGAGUCUAAGAAUUUACAGAGAAGAAAUUUGAGGUUAUGGCGAAUUACAUCCCUCCGCACAAGAGACAGUUGAAGGAUGGUGUCAAGGCCCUUGAGGGGUCAUCACUCAAUUCACGGUCACUUGUUCAUAAGUUUCAGCAAAAUUUGAACCUGUCAGGAAGUUAUAAAUCUGAGUCAUGUUUGUCAGAGAAGGUUAUGGGGAAAGGUAAGGUUGCUUCAUUAGGUGGAAGGUAUGCUUAUGCUAAGAGUUGCCAUUCUAGAUUGUGCAUCAUUGAUUCCACCGAAGAAGAAGAGCACCAGUACCCUGGUGCAAUUAGACUGGAGCACAUUACAUCCAAAUCCAGUUUAUAUAAAGAACCUGGAAGUCACGGAAGUAUCCCAUAUGUUCUAGUUUCUUCCCAUAAGAAAACAGGAAUGAAUGAGCUAAACAAGAACUGCUCCAUAGAGAAUCCGUUGAUAUCUGUGGCUGAACAGAUAUUGCCCAACCUUCUUGCUUUUCAAAAUGAGAGGGUUGAAGGGAGCUCCAAAGAGUUUGAGGAAGGAAAGAUAAGUUUUGUGGCUCGAUUUGGCAAAAUUUUGUUUCAUACGAAACCUUGGUUCGGCGUGGAUAAACCUCGAGACAGAUCAGAAUAUGAAGCUUCUCUGGGUCAAAUGAAGAGAGUAUUUAAUGCAAGUGUUCCUAAGUCGUUUACCGAAUCAGUACUUAACGCGGUUGUUACUGAAAUUGGAGUUGAUUUGGAAGGAGAAAAAGAGUAUUACUAUGUCAGGGUUGCUGAUAAAUCCUGCCCAGAUGUAUCGCUUUCCUGCAAGUGCACUGCAACUGGAGUCGGGGGACUCGAGCUUCGAAAGAUCGAAACAAACAAUGUGCGCCACAUGAUGGUGGACAUAGCAUGCGUCGAGAAGGAUCUGGACCUGAGAUUGAUGCUUUCUACUAGGAAGAUUGUAACUGAACCCACCGAAGAAGAGAAGCAUGACUUGGAAAAACUUAUAAAGUCUGCAGUUGUAGAUCAACAUGAAAAGGGGGGUUUGAGGUUUCCCCUUGGAAAUGAGUCUUUUGAAGGUAGAUACCGCGUCGUGGGGACGGGACACACGACAUCCACAGCUUACAAAAAUUCAUCCAUCAGGGUCAAAUUAAACGAAGCGGAUCGAUAUGAUUUCAUCACUUCAACUGCAGAAGUAACAAACCAUGUAGUUCUGAAGAUGACCGGCGUAUCUGAAAAAUUGAAGGCUAACAUUUUGGAAAGAGACCAACUCGCAGAGGUGCUUGAAGUCAACAUGAAAAUAAUAUGGAAUCACUUCUUGAGCCUGGAGUGUUGUUUCACUUGAACAACUAAUUGGCGGUGGACUGCAUGUUUUGCUGAACUGAUGAAUAUCAUUUUGCUCAAGAACCAAACCAUAUCUAUGUUUUGCAUCUUGUCUUAUGGGAUCCUUAGCUUGUUCUAUUAGCUGGAAUGGGAAAUCGUAAAUAUAACCAGACUCGGUAUUAUCGGAUGGAGUGUAGACAAUCCUUUGAUUACUAAUUCCAUGUGUCACGGUUUUCUAAA